AUGUUAGAAAACCUGGCCCAGAAGUUCGUCGAAGUGGUAGGUAGUUCAACCUUCUUGCCACGUAGAUUACGAUCAGAAGAACGAAUGCCUCUGAAGGAUGCCAUACCAAUACUUACACCAGAAAGGAAAUCAGACGACAGAGAUGAAGUACAUGUGUCUGCGGAGUUAGUGAAAAACGGAGACAGUAAACGAACACGAUCAAAGAAUCCAAAAUCGACCGAUCAGGAGACCGACGAUAUGUCGACGAGCGAACUGUUUCCGGCUAAAAAAGCUCUUCGCUACAAUAAGAACUCCGGAAAAUAUGACGAUAUUUCUUACUAG